AUGCAAACCGGGAAAGGCCCAAACAGACGCAGAGCUGGAAAGGAUGGCUCAGGAGCGCCCACAGAGCCACUCCUGUGUAAGUUCGCUGAUGGCGGUCAGAAGAAGAGGCAGAGUCAGGGGAAGUACCUGCAGAACGGCCGGCCCUGGACCCGGGACUCCGACUCGGGAGGAAUGGCGCUGGCGUAUGACCCCACAGCCUUACAGAACGGGUUUUACUCAUCCCCGUACAGUCUGGGCCCAAACCGGAUGCUGGCUCAGACGUCUCUGCCGUACAUGCACUCUCCCGCGGUCUCCUCGUACCAGGCUUUAUUUGACAGAUACAGUAGGCUGGCAGGAAAUGGGGGAGACAGAUGGGGGAGUGACAUGGAGCAAAGUGGCCGGGACUCGAACCCUGGCCGCUCCAAUGCGUGCUAUGCGCUGUACCAGGUCCACAACCCGUCCUGGAUGCACCACCAGUCGUACCUCAUGCAGCCAGGGGCCGUCCUCACCCCGACCAUGGAGCACAUGUCCAUCCAGCCCACCUCCAUCAUGGGGCCCCUGAACCAGCAGCUCAGCCACCUGACCCUGGGCAGCUCUGGCACAUAUAUUCCGGCCAACACUUCUAUGCAGGGGACCUACAUCCCCCAGUACACCCCAGUGCCUCCCUCCAACGUCCAAGUCGAGGAGAACGGAGUGAAGCUAAGCUUUGGGAGGGGCCAUGGGCGCCUGUUGAAUCUGACCAAUCAGGAGAGAGGACGCAGCGAGCUCGUCCCCUGCACCUGGACUGAACUCGGAUCACAAAAGGAACAUCCAAACCAGGUGCCGGACCUGAACGCCAGGCUUUUGAAGAGCGUAACCAAACUCAAAGCCACGUUCACACUGGCUCCAGUGAAGUGUGCAUUAGUCUACUUCAGCCCAACAGCAGGGGGCGCUGUGGGGGUUAUUGACUUUCAAAACCACAAAUGA